AUGUCUCACUGCCACGACGAACACUCGGGCCACGGCCACGGUCAUGACCAUCAUGAACACGAUCACUCAGACGACAUCACUCCCGCCGUGCAGUUCUCACUUUACAGCCAAAUCAACUUUGAUCACAUUGUAACUCUCAACGAAGCCGAUCGCGAUGCCGGGCUGCAAAUUGUCAAGAAGAACUGGCAGGAAAGAUUGAGCACUGAGCCUGAGCUGGCGAGUGAUGUCGAUGAGCAACUUCUCAUGACAGUACCUUUCACUGCCCAAAUUAAGCUUCACUCGAUCCUCAUUCGUACAUCCCCCUCCUCUUCGGCACCCAAGACCCUGCACCUCUUCAUCAACCGUGAUGACCUCGACUUUGCCGCCGCUGAGGAAUCAGACCCCGUGCAAACUCUCGAACUUUCUCAAACAAGCGAUCUCCAAGAGAUUCCUGUGAAGCGGGCGCUAUUCGGCAAGGUGCAGCGACUGGUGCUGUUUUUCGCUGACAACUUUGGUAAUGGCGACGAGGAUGUCACACGCAUUUCUUACAUCGGCUUCAAAGGCGAAUGGACUCAGCUUGGAAGGGCGCCUGCGAAUAUAAUCUACGAGGCUGCUGCUAACCCGGGUGAUCAUAAACUCAAGGGCACGAAUGUGAACCAGAUGGGAAGUGGGAUUGGUGGUAGAGGACCUGGAAUGUAG